UCUAUCGCGCAGAGAAUGUUAAAGGGACAACAACACAAAAACCGAAGCAUCGCACGAGUCGGCGACGCCGGGGACUCGCUCCUGUUCUCACUUUUCCAGUGAGGGUCGCUCUGCCGGCGACCAAAGAUGAGCGCACAUGGCUGUCCGCAUUUGACAACUCUCAAGGAAACCAAGGGCACUCAAGCGUACCGGCUCAUCCACUCUUACUUCGUCUGCUGCGUGUCGAAGGAAGCCCGUGUGAAAAAGGCCCAGCUCUGCAGUUGUCACACUUGCCAUGCAAGAGGUCCUAGGCUUCAUGCAUGUCUCCAGUGUGUGUACUUUGGCUGCUAUGGGAACCGGCAUAUUCACGAGCAUGCUCGGGCCAAUCAGCAUCUGUUAGCUGUUGACAUUUCUUAUGGAGUGGUAUACUGCUUCACAUGCGAUGACUAUGUGUACGAUCGUGAACUUGAAGCCAUGGCCCGUAAACAUCGCCGUCGUUGUGCCAGGCUACUUGGUCUCCAAGAGUAUUACCAGCACUGGGAACCCAGCAACUUCGAGUUGGACCUGCUUCGCCGGAAUCCACGGAGAAAGCGCAUUUCUAACAACUCCUACAUAGGCCUGCGGGGGCUGAUCAACCUUGGCAACACAUGCUUCAUGAACUGCAUUGUGCAAGCUCUAACGCACACCCCACUGCUGCGCGAUUACUUCCUUGCUGACCGGCACGUCUGCCAGUUCCGCGAUGAUCCUUCCAUGUGCCUUGUCUGUGAAAUGUCAAGGCUUUUCCAAGAGUUCUACUGUGGCAAGUCAAGCCCCCACAUUCCGUACCGGCUACUCCACUUGGUCUGGACACAUGCACGUCACUUGGCUGGUUAUGAACAGCAAGACGCCCACGAGUUCUUCAUCGCCACACUAGAUGUGCUUCACCGGCAUUGCAAAGGCACCAACGGGAUGUCCACUACCAAUCCUCACCACUGCAACUGUAUCAUUGAUCAGAUCUUCACAGGAGGGCUGCAGUCAGAUGUGGUGUGCCAGUCCUGCAAGGGUGUGUCCACAACCAUUGACCCAUUCUGGGACAUCUCCCUAGACUUGGGACCCAGUAGCCAUCAGCAGCAGCACAAUUCUUCCCCAGAGGGAGAAGAUUCAGAACCAACUUCUCUCUUGGACUGCCUAGAAAGGUUCACCCGUCCCGAGCACCUGGGCAGUUCUGCGAAGAUCCGGUGUGGGCGGUGCGAGAGCUACCAGGAGUCGACCAAGCAGCUGACCAUGAAGCAGCUGCCCGUGGUGUGCAGCUUUCACCUGAAGCGCUUUGAGCACUCGUCGCGCUUCCACAAAAAGAUCUCCUCACUCAUCAGCUUCCCCCAGUAUCUGGACAUGAGCCCCUUCAUGUCGGGCCCUAGGGCGCCAUCCUCCUCCUCGUCCUCCAAAGGCGCACGGGCCACGUCUUCUUCGAGCCCAGCCAAUCCGGCUCCUCAGCCCUGUCAUGACAACAAGUACUGCCUAUUUGCUGUAGUGAACCACAGUGGGACUAUUGAGACAGGUCACUACACGGCUUAUGUGCGGCAACACCGGGACCACUGGUUUAAGUGUGACGACCACCUAAUCACACGGGCCAGCCUACAGGAUGUCCUAGACUCGGAAGGCUAUUUACUGUUCUACCACAAGCAGAUCCUUGAGUACGAGUGAGAAGAGGCCUGCUUUACUGUUGUCGAUUCCUUGUCAUCAGUGAGAAGAGUGAACUGCACCAGUUUGGAACUACUUGCGUGCAUUUAUGUGCAUCUGUGUGUAUGUGUGUGCUUGCGUAGGGACAUACUUUCCCAAGCUCUUGGUUCUCGUCACAGUUUCACUGUGGGUUGUGUCUUCUGUUCCUGGCAAACAUAGUGUGCAGGUGCCUGCAAAUGUGUCUGCACCAUCAGUAUUCUCUUGAGUGAAAUGUGGAGAGUCUGACUUAGGUUUUCCAAUUGCUGUACAACACUCCUUUCACCAAUCAUCAUUACUGUCCUCUGAGCUUGGCAACACUGUGCCACCUUCACUUGCUCAAUAAAUUAUUGCUUCCUCA